GAUGAACAUGAAGCUGCUAUCCAAGCCCUUAAGGAUGCUCAUGAAGAAGAAAUUCAACAAAUUCUUGCAGAGACCAGAGAGAAGAUCUUGCAGUAUAAAAGUAAAGUUGCAGAAGAAAUGGAUCUGAAGAGAAAGAUCCAGGUUUUAGAAGAGUCACUGGAAGAUCAUAAAAAGAUGAAACAUCAGGCUUUGACAGAAUUUGAAGCUUAUAAAGGUAGAGUUGAAGAUAUGCAGCUUUGUGCAGAAGCUCAGCAUGUUCAACGUGUAGUGACCAUGUCAAGAGAAGUAGAAGAGAUCAGAAAGAAAUUUGAGGAAAGACUACGAAGUUUCAUACAGUUGCAAGUGCAGUAUGAGAAGGACAAACGUACAGCUCUGGAAGACUUGAGAGCUGCCCACAGGCUUGAGAUUCAAGAACUUCUAAAGACUCAACAGAGUCAGAAUGCUACUUUAAGUAAGGGACAAGAAAAACUGGAGGAAUUGCAUAGACUGGAGCUGGAAGACUUGAACAGUAAGGUUGAAGAAUUAAGGCUGGAAAGAAAAAAACUCAUUGAGGACUAUGAAGGUAAACUCAGCAAAGCACAGUCCUUCUAUGAACAUGAACUUGAUUCUCUGAAAAGAUCUCAGCUUUUUACAGCAGAAAGUCUACAUGCUUGCAAAGAAAAAGAAGUGGAGCUAAGGAAAGAAUUUCAAAACCAGGAAAGUAUGUUACGGAAGAAUCUGGGAAAGCUUAAAACUGAAUUGCAAAUGGUCCAGGAUGAAGCUGCCAGUCUACGGGAAAAAUGCCAAAAACUUCAGGUGGCUCUUGGUACAGCAGAAAACAAUGUUCAGGUUCUUCAAAAACAGCUAGAUGAUGUGAAGGAGGAGGAGAUGUCCUUGUUAAGCAAACACAAAGAAGUGGAAAGUGAGCUAGCAGCUGCUAGAGAGCGCUUACAGCAGCAGGCCACUGAUCUUGUUCUCAAAGCCAGUCACAUUGGAAUGCUUCAAGCUACUCAAAUGACUCAAGAAGUUACAAUCAGAGAUUUGGAAUCAGAAAAGUCUAGAUUAAAAGAAAAACUAUCCCAACUGGAAGAGGAAAGAAACUUACUACAAAGCAAAACACAGAGCCUGGAUGAGCGACAAAGGCAGCAAAUUCUGGCCUUGGAGAAGAAAGUAAACGAAGCAAGGGAAACACAACGUGAAUAUUAUGAGAAGGAGCUGAUAAAAUUGCAAGCAAGAUUGGAAGGAGAGGCUGCACAAUUAAAGGAGGCUCAUUCCAAGACCUUAGAAGAAUUGGCAUGGAAACACCAUACUGCAAUUGAGGCUGUGCACAGUAAUGCUAAUAAGGAUAAGAAAAAACUGCAGAUGGAGUUAGAGCAGCAGUUUGAGAAGGAGAAAUUGCAUUUGGAGGAUGAUAAGAAUCAGCUCCGACAGCAGCUGGAAAACCUGAAGGAAGAGCUGACAAUGAAACUGACUUCUGCCAAUCAGGAGGUGUGUCGCCUGCAAGACCUAGUACGAAAAAGCGAACAAGGCCUUGGUACGGCAGAAGGACAUAUCUCUAGUCUUCAAGAAGCUCAGGAAAUACUCCAGAAAGAACUAGAAUUAACUAGAGCAAGACUGCGAGAGACCACAGACUCACUGUAUAGUGUUGAGGGAGAACUAGAUCAGGAGAGACAACAGCAUGAGGCAAUGAUUGCUGCCAUGAGAGAAGAGGAGAAAUUCAAAGUUGAUAGAAUGGCUCAUGACUUGGAAAUAAAAUGGACAGAAAAUCUUCGACAGGAAUGUAAUAAGCUUCGUGAAGAGCUGAGGCUGCAGCAUGAAGAGGAUAAGAAGGCAGCCAUGACUCAGCUGUUGCAGCUGAAAGAACGUGAAAAAAAUGCAGCAAGGGAUGGAUGGCAAAAAAAAGUUGAAGAUCUUUUAGACCAGAUCUCCUUACUGAAGCAGAAUCUGGAGAUGCAGCUUUCCCAGUCACAGAGCUCUUUGCAACAGCUACAAGCCCAGUUCAGUCAGGAGCGACAGAGGCUGACUCAGGAGAUCCAGGAAUUAGAAGAGGAGCAUCAGCAAAGGCAUAAGUCACUUCAGGAAGCCCAUAUCCUUGCCUUUCAAAACAUGGAAGAAACAAAAGAGCAAGAACAAAAGGAAUUAGAAGAACGGUUACAACAGAAACACUCAGAAGAACUACAGGCGCUGAAAGAAACACAUAAACAAGCCAUGGAAGGUUUCAAAUUGGAGAUGGAACAGGAACUUCAGACGCUGCGAUUUGAGCUGGAGGACGAAGGAAAAGCUAUGUUAGCUUCCUUGCGCUCAGAGCUAAAUCAUCAGCAUGCAGCAGCAAUUGACCAGCUAAGGCACAACCAUCAACAAGAACUGGUAGCUGCCAAAAUGGAGCUAGAAAGAAGCAUAGAACUCGGCAGGCGACAGGAGAAAGAAUUUUUAUGCCGAAUAUCAGAUCUACAAGACGAACUGAGACACCGAGACCAUCAUAUAGCCGAACUGGACAAAGAGAUUCUGCAUCUUCAUGAAAAUAUAAGUGCAUUGACCAAGGAAUUAGAGUUUAAAGGGAAAGAAGUUCUUAGAAUACGGAGUGAAUCCAACCAACAGAUCAGGAUACAUGAGCAAGAUUUAAGCAAGAAACAUGAGAAAGAGCUGGAUGUCUUGACAGCAGAUCACAUCAGAGAGAAACAAAGCAUGCUGGCAGAUUUUAAUAAGACCCAAGAGCUGCUCAAGGAAAUUAAUUCAGCUUUACAAAUUUCUUUAGAAGAAAUGGAAGAAAAAUAUAAAAACAGAGAAUCAAGACCAGAAGAUCUGCAGCUUAUCUCAGAACUGAAAGACCUAAUUGCAGAGCGGGACCAACUCAUAAAGAAAUUGAUUGAGGACAAAAAGUUCUGUCAGCUGGAGCUAGUUAACAGGGAGACUAACUACAGCAAAAUGUUUAAUGCAAGCCCUAAUGUUGGUGUUAUUAAUCCAUUGGUGAAGGUUAUUUUACCUGCAUGGAAAGGGAAGAGAUUUGUCCCAGCUGUAGAGGCAGAAGAACUCAGGAAGGUUCUGCAGCAGAGGGCAACCCAAGGAGCACAACACGAGUAGCUCAGAUGCCUGAGAGCUUCAGUGAUCAAGGCUCAGGCUCCAUUAUUUAAAAGGAGAUCUGGCUCCUUUAUUUGAGAUCAGGCUGUGUUAUCUAGCUAAACCUUAUUGUAGUUUUACAUCAGAUCAGCGUAUUUCCCACUUCUGCACAAAUUCUGCUGCAAAUUGUCAGUCUCCUGCGUUUUUCAGGAGCCCAGCAGCUCUCACAAACGUAUCUGUGGAUGCCUAACUUUUAUGCAUAACCACAUGAAAGAAAUUAGUUUGAACCCAGUAGUGACAAUACUCGGACUGCCAGAUACAAUUUGAAUGCUUUAUUUUUAUAUGAUAAAUGUUGUUUGAAAAUUUCAGAAGUUUGUCUGAACCACUCCUUUAUGAAGAUGUGAAAUGUAACCAUCAAGUAUAUAAGCUUGCGCUUUGUGUGAAAUCUGAAGUGUUUGGGAAAAGUACUUCAGCAUCAGAUUUCCAUAGUGAUAAUUCAUAUAUUUUUAUAAUAUGCUUCUAUCACUUAAAACUGUUUAGACUUUAAAACUGUCUUGUAUGCUAGGACAUUUUGAUCUCUCAUUUCAUGAGCUGUGGACUAUGUUUCUUUAUUUUGUCAAAGCAUGUACUGUGUUAUUGGAGAAUGAAUUACAAAGAAACUGAAAAUCUCAUUCUCUUUUCUUUUUUUGUAAUAAAAAUACAGAAUUUAUGAAUUACUACAGGCUUUGCAUAUUAAUGCAAAAUUAAAGCCAUUGCAGUAUGAAUUACAGCUUCUCUAAUUUAUGCAAUGGAUCUAUUUAGUAUUACAUUUUACAUCUGAAGUUUCUUAAUACUUUGCAUGAACUUCAUGGAAACGCUACAAUUUUGCCUUUCCAGAUUUGACUGCUUCAGAAGCAUAGAUUGUCUUAUAGAGAAUAACAUAUAAACUGCAGUAUUUUUCUAAGCACUUAUGUGGAUAAUAUACAAUUUCCAGAAAUGAGCCACCUAUGAAGCACACAGAUUUAACUACAGUGUUUAACACACCAUAUUAAUUACAGUGUAUAUUACCUUGCAGAUGUAUUUUACACACAGUUGGUUACUUUUUCCAAACUAUUUUUUUCCCCCAUAUUGUUAUUUCUGGCUUCCUCAGCUACUACAGAAGUAGUAAAGUGUAUUGGACAAUCUCAGUUUAAUCAUUUGCAGCUAAUGAUCUUUCACUGUGAUGCUUAAAAAAGACUUUUUUCUAUUAUAGCUUUCUGUUAAAGUGUUGGGGGUUUUAAAUUGUAUUUUGAUAAACACAUGCACCAGUGUGGCUACAAUUAGUAGUAUUUACAUCUGCCAACUUUGGAAAUGUCAGGCACCGAGAUCAAAGCUAGCAGAGAGCUAAGUGGAAGAAAGUACAAACAAGCAAUAAAACUCUGUCUGUCUCCAUUUGAACUUGUGCCCACCCUCAAAUAGAGCAGCUCUUUUGUUUCAAGUGGAAUUCUGCUGGAAAAUAUUAUGUAGAAACAACACGAGAUUCCACUUGUCUUUCACUUUAUUUAGUUCAAAUGCAUGUAGUUUGUAAGCCCAUAACAGGUUUAUCUCCCAGCUGCUUUGUUAGGGUUGCAUAUGUGUAACUGAAUGAAAGUAUUUAUUAUAUAUUCAAAUAAUACAUAAUUCGUGAGAAUAAUCAAUUCAUUUGAAAAUUUUAUUUUCUGAAAAAAGGCUUUUAAAAUAUUAAUAUUUUAUUGCAGACAUGGAAUAUUUGAUAGAAGUCAGAAAAUACACCUGGCAUUCUGUCACAGCUACUUUAAAAAAGCUAUAGAAUUAUUUGAAGCAUCCUUCUAUAUUUAAAUUUCCGUAAAACUAGAGAGAAUAAAUACUGAUUCCUUUGCACGAUGUGUUGUGGAGAGUAAAAUAAUGAUAUAAAAAUAACAUUCUUAAGUAUUUUGAGUCCUUUGAAAUAAAUAUUACCAGUAGGAGUAGAGAGUAUUAAGAAAACAAAAGUGUUCAGUUGUGCCAUCUGGUGUCUAGAAGUGGCAGCUGUAGUAGUGUUAGAAGCUUGGCCUUUUACUUGUACAAGAAACUGAACUCCUAAACAAUAAUCUUUUUCUCUUUAGCAGUAUUGAUAUAAUGCUCACUAACUAUGAGGGUGUAAUUGCUUUAAAAUAAAUGUAGCUGCUCUUCUAGGUUCCAUGUUCCAGUUACCAAAACAUGCCUCAGUGAUGGGGUGAAACCUGUUGGAGAGAUUCACUUUUUUGUCACUGAAAUAUGCUGUAAUUACAUUUGACAGCAGAGCUGUUUCACUGAUAUCGAGGAAAGAUUUAAGUAAACAUGAAAGGUUUAACAGACUAAACGACAAUUUUGUGGAAGACUUCCUAUCUCCAAUGUCUUAGAGCAAAAGGUUAUAUUGGAAGAUCUCUUAUAAUAUAUUAAUUGAUUAUUAUACUAAGUCUUAACAACUUAAUCAACUUCAUCAGAAAUUUGAUUUUUCUGUGAAAAUUUGUGGUGUUCGGUUCUGGUCAAAGCAAAUAGUAAAACUAGAGUAGGAAGAAAAGCCCAAUCUGUCCCAAUUGGUCUCGUUCAAAAAAACCCCAAAUCAGCCAUCAAUACAGCUUUCAAAUUUGCAAAUUUCCUCAUCUGUCCUGGUGCAAGAAGCCUUCCUUACAUUUGUUAUUUUUAAUGCAGCAAAAGAAGAAGAACGAUAAAUCAACAAACAGGUUUGUGAGUGUCCCCAAUCUAAGUGCUCUGGAAUCUAGCGGAGUGGUGGGCAAUGGACAUCCUAACCGCCUGGACCCCAUUCCUAAC